AUGAAUCUUGUUGCCAUAAUUGUUUUUCUCUUCCACGUCAAAGUCAAUUCAAAAGAAUCUGAAGAAAUAUUCAACUAUAAUGUAGAUAAAAUUUUUAAAUCCGUCAUUGGACGUGAAGCUGAUUAUGUUCAAGAGACCACUCACGCUUUUCCAGAUAUACCAGAUGAAGAAUUUUUCAAUUUCACAAAACAUAAACGAAAACAUUCGCAAACUUUUCUUUACAAAAACAAAACAGCAAUUAAACAUUUUCUUACACUUAAAAAUAGCACAAAUAAAAAUGAAAAGGUAACAGCUAACCACACUAUGAAGAAUAAAGUAAAUUCCACAGAAGACGAAAAUCCAUUUAAAACAAUUAACGAUAUCGAAAACAGAAUGAGAGCGUUAGAAAUAGAGAGGAUACUUGCGAACGACCUAAAUCCUUUGCCUAACUUCGACAAAGACGAGGAUGAUACCGCAUUGAUUACCCGUAGGUUUGACAAACUGAAGAAAGAAUUCGAAAUUGGUGACAGCAGAAGGCGAGAAAGACAGGUGAAAAGCAGAAACAUAAUACGAAACAGAACAAUAUCGAUUAUGGACCAUUUCAUAUAUGCUACAAGAUACAAGCUGCCUUACUCCCAGAUACUAAGAGCGAAAUACCGUGAUUCGGAAAAUUACAGAAUAGGAUAUUGUUUCGGUUUACUUUAUCAGUUGAAAAGGCAGCAGAUUUUAAUGUAUACUGAAUUGUCGUUACACCAAUUCAAUAUAGAGCAUCUUCAUUUACACAUGAAGUUGUAUGAAAAAGUGGUGAGGCUUGACGUUGACAUAAAGGAUACUAUGCGGCUCAUUAGGCAGUACGAGGCGAAAAGACGAGUAAGAGAAGAUCCAAAUUAUUACGACAUAUAUGAAGAAGAACAAACAGCAAGGACGCCAGGGCGUUUAGGAAUAUAA